AUGGCCCCUGCAGGAACUUCCCGCUCUCUUUCUCUAAGUGGCACCCUCAUUCUCUUCACCCAUUUUCUCAUAUUCCUGUCGUUCAACACUGCCGCACAAUCCAUCGGCAAUGGAUCCGAGAUCGACCGUCAGGCCCUCCUCUCUUUCAAACGUGGUAUCUCAGAUCCACAACUUAUCUUGGUAUCAUGGAACACCACGAUCGACUUCUGCAGAUGGCGGGGGGUUGUCUGCGGUAUGCCUCGCCCAUUUCGUGUGGUCUCCCUCGACUUGAGCUCUACACAGCUCGGUGGUGAGUUAUCUCCUUGGAUAGCCAACCUUACAUCGCUAAAGCUGUUAAACCUUUCAGAUAAUUACUUCGUUGGUGUCAUCCCUAACGAGUUAGGCACACUUCCACACCUGCAAUCCUUGAGACUUGACAAGAACAAUCUUUUAGGUGCCGUUCCUAGAUCAUUAGGCACCAGUAGAUCUCUUAGAUAUGUGAAUCUCGCAUAUAACCGCCUUCUGGGCCGUAUCCCUGAGUUCGAUAAGAUGUCAACCCUCCAAAUUCUUGACCUGUCAUCUAACAAUCUUUCUGGAAGCAUACCUUCAUCACUGGGAAAUGUUUCUUCCCUCAUGGAAAUAUGGCUUGGCACAAAUAUUUUAUCAGGAUCAGUUCCACAAACUUUCAGCCUUUUACAGAACCUUACUGUGCUGAGUUUACAUAACAACUCCUUGUCGGGGCAUAUCUCCCCCACACUCUGUAAUAUCUCAUCUCUCGUUUACCUUGGCUUAGCCCAAAAUAUCCUUACUGGACAAAUACCAUCUACCAUUGGAAACACGUUACCUAACCUUGAAUUGCUGUCCAUGUCGGGUAACAGAUUCGAGGGAUCAAUUCCAUUAUCACUAGCAAAUGCAUCAAAGCUCCAACGAAUUGAUCUUGGAUACAACUCCCUUGUUGGACCGGUCCCAUCUCUAGGAUAUUUAGCUGACUUACAGAUACUAAUUCUUCAGAGUAACUUCCUAGUAGCUGUAGGCUGGGAAUUCCUUGUCUCUCUCGCAAAUUGUGCGCGUUUGCAAAUCCUGGACAUGAGUGGGAAUGUCCUGAACGGAAGUGUCCCUAGAUCAGUUGGGAAUCUUUCUACAAGUUUGCUUCGUAUGGAUAUUGGAAACAACCAAAUCAUAGGCACAAUUCCAGUUGAGAUUUUUAACCUUCGAAAUCUCCAAUUGCUUGCUAUGGACCAAAACUUGCUUACAGGGGUUAUUCCUUCUGUAAUUGGCAACCUAGGCCAUCUAUUUGUCUUAUCCCUAUCCAGAAACAAAUUUUCUGGUCAGAUCCCAUCUACAAUAGGUAAUCUUUCUCGGCUGAAUAAACUUUAUCUAGAUAGCAAUGACUUGAGUGGAACCAUACCAGCAAGUUUAGGAAAAUGCGAGCAACUAGAUAUGCUAAGCUUGUCUUUUAACAGCCUUCAAGGACCAAUACCAAAUGAACUCACCAAUAGCACUACCCUCCUGAUUUUGGAUUUAUCAAACAACUACCUUACAGGAUCGAUGCCGCAAGAUAUUGGUGCAUUGCUUCAACUUGUCCAACUCGAUAUUUCCUUCAACAAUUUGUCUGGUCAAGUUCCACUUUCACUUGGCCGCUGUGUCCAACUAUCUUCUCUCAUACUGAGAAGUAAUAUGCUUAAUGGAAACAUACCUCAGUCUUUCAGUGAACUAAAGUCUAUCGAGCAGAUCGACCUUUCCCACAACUACUUUGCUGGAGUAAUUCCACUGUUAUUUUUGGAACUGGUUUUUCUGCAGAAACUUGAUCUGUCUAUGAACUACUUUGAAGGGGCGAUUCCAACUGUUGGCAUCUUCCAGAAUCGUAGUGCAGUAAUAUUGGAUGGCAACACAGGGCUGUGUAGUGGAACCAACAAUUUGUUUCAGCUUCCAGUUUGCACCACAACUUCAUCUGUUGAGAGCAAGAAGAAUGCACUCUUAUUGGUAAAAGUAAUUCCUCCAAUUGCUAUUGCCUUGCUCUCCUUCAUAUUCUUUAUGGUCAAUCUUCUGAAGCAAAGGCAACCAGAAGCAGGUCCAUGCUACACUGAGAAAAUGAAAAAGGUUUCAUAUGGUGGCAUUGUUAAAGCUACCAAUUGGUUCUCUCCGGUCAACAAGAUCAGCUCGAGUCGAACCGGUUCGAUCUACAUUGGAAGGUUUGAGUUUGACACGGAUCUGGUCGCCAUCAAGUUAUUUCAUCUCCAGGAGAAUGGUGCACGAAGUAGCUUCCUUACUGAGUGUGAGGUGCUACGUAACACACGCCAUCGCAAUCUUGUUAAAGCUGUCACGGUAUGCUCGACAGUAGACCUUGAGAACAAUGAAUUUAAGGCUAUAGUGUUUGACUUCAUGGCCAAUGGAAGCUUGGACAUGUGGCUACACCCGAAGCUUCACAAAAAUACCCCCAAAAGGGUUCUUAGCUUCGGCCAGAGGUUAAGAAUAGCGACGGAUGUGGCUUUGGCUUUGGAUUAUAUGCACAACCAGUUGACGCCUCCUCUAAUCCACCGCGAUUUGAAGCCCGGCAACAUUCUUCUGGACUAUGAUAUGACUGCAAGAGUAGGUGAUUUUGGGUCAGCAAGGUUUCUCUCUUCAACCCCUGGUAAUUCAGAAGACUUGGUUGGCGUGGAAGGAACAAUUGGCUACGUUGCACCCGAGUACUGCAUGGGAUACAGAGUCUCAACAGGAUGCGAUGUCUACGGUUUUGGGGUCUUGGUUCUGGAAAUGCUCACUGGAAGGCGGCCGACAGAUGCCAUGUUCACCGACGGACUGAGCCUUCACAGGCUGGUGAACUCAGCAUUUCCUGAUAGACUUGGGGAGGUUUUGGAUUCCUAUAUUGCCCACGAGCAGCAGAAUGAGUGUGACAAAGUACUGAAGCAGAGAUGCAUUGUCCAUUUGGUUCAAGUUGGGCUCCUGUGUUCCAUGGAAUCGCCUAAGGGUCGACCAGGAAUGGCAGAAGUUUGUGCCAAAAUUCUCUCUCUCAAAGAGGCUUUCUUUGAGUCCUGCUGAUUAACCUGCAGAUCUACACGUUCUUCAAUAAAAAUAUGCGGCGUGGAUAUCUUUGGUGUAACUCUUGGUUCAACAGGUGACGUCUUAGUGAGGGAAAAUCAACAGAACUCUAGUUAUUAAUAUUUGAACUCCUGGAGAGCGUAUUGGAGCUCUAGCAUCUCCUCAAGCGUUCUGUAUUUUUUUUAAUCUAGAUCAAAUUUUAGAACCUCGAUGUAUAUGGACCGAAAUAUUUUAAUCUGCAUAUCU